CAGGAGUCAUCGGAUCCAGACGUAUCUCUCUGCUGUGAUCUCGUAAAAAAUUUAUAUUUAUGUAAAUUUUCUCUGGAAGCAUUGGUACUUUUAUAACCUCGCAUGUUCGAUUGACAAGCACGUGUCAUAUGGCAAGAUGUGUCAAACAAUGGAAAGAUAUAUUACUAUUCUAUAAUAAUGUGGCUUUAUUGCCAUUGCCAAACAAUACGAAGUUAUGGAGCUUAUAACAUUGGAGCUAAGACCACGCUUACAGUCCUGCAAUGUGUUUAUUUCUAUGAGCAAAGAUCUCUGCUUGAAAGAUGUCCAAAUUAAGCUCCUGGAAAGUAACAUAGUACUAAUAGUCAAGGAUUGCUACAUGAAUUUUUCAUUGCCAUCUGUAAAAGUCAUACCUACUUCCUUGUCCACGUUGAGCAUAAUGAACAACUGGAUCUUCUUCCGUUUACAAACCGCACCAUUGGAAUCCACAUUUGGGUCUUUCAGCACAGAAGUGAUAACCAACUCAAAUGGAUUGGUCCGAUCGAGUACUUACUCGCAGCCCAUUUUAAACGAUAUCAAAUUAUUAUUCGAAACAUCAAAAUGCACAAUAUUGUGUGCUUGUUGUAAAAAUGUUAUCUCGAAGUCGAUUAGCUUUAAGAGGUUUUUGCCUUUACCCGAUGCCGAGUAUGAUCCCAGCGAGUGGUUUUGCUGUAAACAUAGUUGCAAUACUUUCUCAAAUAAUGUGCAACCACAAGAAUUCGAUUAUUUAUAUGGUUCUUGCUUUUCUGUAUUGCAUGAGAAUACGUUCGGAAAUGUAUGUAUAGAUAAUAAAACGUUGACUUGUAAUAAAUGUUUGUUGCACAUAGGAACGUUACACGCGUAUAAUUUAUUCAAGAUAUGGAACUGUUGCGUAGAUUAUAAACCACAGAAUGACACGUUGUCCAUUGUGAAUGCUACUAAUCCACUCGGUGAUUUUUUGAUACUCUUGAAAGAUUCGUUGAGCGAGGUAUUAGGAGAAGAAAUUAUUCUGCAAUCGUCCGUCGGCAAACAGACUCAUCGUCUUCUAAUAAAGCCAAUGGACUGCAAAUUAAAUUUAAUUACAGAACCCGAUCACACAACGGUCCGUGAUACCGACACUCUAUCCUUACAACAGAAAUGUGCUGCCAAAGUUUUAUAUAAAUAUGAGACAAAUAUAAUUACUAUAAUUACUAAUUAUCUGAAUGUUAAAUAUCAUGAAGUGGGUUUGCCCAUAAUAGAAGCUGGAUUAAAUUACUUGUUAUCAUCGACAAAACGAUUGCCGCAUAUUUAUAGAACUGCUGUCACGGGUUAUUUUUUCGGUUAUAUCGUUUUACAAGAAAUCGUGAAUUAAAUAUCAUAAUUUGUCCAACAACGUUAAUUUUCAUAUUACAUAUUUAUAUUUUGUACACCUAUUUUUAUAUAAAAUAAAAAAUUGUCUAUAUAUUA